CAUACCUAUCAUACCCACCUCAUCCACUCUCUUAAGCACAUUAAAUCAACUAACCUCCCAAAAUCAACCAUGCAACGCCUCCCAACCGGCGAACUAGUCCCCGUCCCACCCCCCGCCCCAGGCCGCUUCAACCAAGCCAACUGGCUCUCACGCUGGGACGGCGCAGCAGUAAACAGCACAGCUUGCAUCCGUGGCCUCCGCGAGAUCUUCGAUGCGUCGAAUACAUAUUGGGCUGCGUUUACGGCGAAUGUGAAGAUUGCGGUUGAGACGAAGGAGUUGGGUGAGGAGAAUGUGAGUUUUUGAUUACCGUUUCUUUUGUGUUGUGGUGAGAAGGUUAAGCAAGGAGUUUGAGAAUUCGAAGGAAGAGGAUGGGAUAGGAAAAUGCUGAUUAGUGAUAGUUGGAGCGUCUCGAUUAUGUUAAGAGUCUGAGAGUCAGGUAUAAGGAGUCGGAGGGGACGCUGUAUUGGUUGGAUGGCGCGGCACUGUUUCAGGUGAUGAGGUGGUUCAAGGAGUGUUUUUUGGUUUUGCAGAGAGGAAAUAAGGAUACAGAUAUUGCCUGAGUUGAAUGACGAGUUUGGAGGUCAGAGGUGGUGGUAUACGGUAUCUGUUGAUGGCUUGGAAGAUGAUGAGAUGUAUGUUUACGCUUGAAGAAUAG